AAGGCGGUCGUACCUGUGAUCAUUGGAGUUGCCAUGGCUUGUUUUGGUGAUAUGAGUUACACUUGGUUGGGAUUUUUCUACACACUCCUAUGUAUUACACUGGCAGCACUCAAAGUGGUGGCGUCGGGAGAAAUGAUGACAGGGCCCACGAAAUUGCAUCCUGUCGAUUUGCUAGGACACAUGGCACCAUUGGCACUGGUGCAGUGUCUGGUAUUGAGCUUAAUGACGGGUGAAGUAUCCUCCAUAUUCGCACGUGUCAAUGCCGCCUAUGCGGAUGUAUCCGAUGUGGGGUGGUUUGAAUUCUACUACCCUGCCAUUGUGGUCUUGACAUCCGGUGUCUUUUCGUUUUCCCUCAAUAUUUGCUCCCUACAAGCCAACAAAGUGACAUCACCACUGACAUUGUGCAUCACCGCCAAUGUCAAGCAGGUCCUCAUGAUUAUUCUUUCCACCAUCAUCUUUGGCGUUGUCAUUGAACCACUGAAUGGAUGUGGUAUUGUUGUGGUCUUGGCUGGAUCGGCCUAUUAUUCUUAUGUGUCGGUAAUGGAAAAAGUUACCGGUGGAGGAAUGGAUUCUAAAGCAAGCAAGGAUAUUGAAUCAAAUCUCAAUAGUGACAGCAAAGACGAAGAACAAGUGUCGUUGGUACCGACCAAGACCGGGUCCACCAAAACAGGGGAUGCGUCAGAGAUGAGGCAGCGAUAG